AUGCUAAACACAGGCCUCCGUGGUGCCUCUUACAAACUCCCAGGCACAUCACUUCUAAGGCAACCUGGGGCCCCUGAUACCGCUGAGUCACGCUCCCUUGACCUUUCCAAUGCUCUACGCAACCAGAACCUACGUUCUGCCACCUAUCGUUUGCCAGAUGGAACUCGAUGGAACUCUGAUGAACCGCCCUCAGCCUCCUACAGACCCCGCACACUUGACCUAUCAAAUGCUUUAUCAAAAAACCCAAACCUUCGUGAGGCAAAGUACCGUCUCCCCAAUAGUGAUGUCAUGAUGAGGCUAGGUGCCCCCAGCACUCCAGCACAACGUUCACUUAAUCUCUCUGGUGCCCUCCAGAACCCUAACAUCCGGGGGGCCUCUUUUCAUCUACCGUCCUAUGCUGUUGUGUCACCCCAGGUUCAAGGAGCAGGUCCUGAACAGCACUGGGCACAGGGCCCCGGAACUGAAGGCAUGGGACUGCAGCAAGAUGUGGAUGUGUGGGGUGCAGAAAGGGUUCUGCCUCAUGGGACAGUGCAGAACCUUAAUAAAUGGUCCAUGUAUAGAGAUGGGGAGCUGCUGGAACCCCACAGCCUGAUUGGACAGGGACAAGGAGGGCAGGAACCAGGGGGAUGGAAUCUCAGCAGGGAGGGGGAACCACAGGGGCAAUGGUAUGACAAGAUGUACUCAAUCAGAAGCAUGCCUACCAUAGCUCAUCGGGAGCAACGAGAAGAAAACGGAGUGGAAGAUAUGACACAGCUAGAGGAAAUGGAUGAAGGGGCUGUUCUGCUGAACCUGAACAAGAGAUCUGAGAGGGAGCUUAUUUAUACAUACAUAGGUAGCAUUUUGGUGUCCGUGAACCCUUAUAAGAUGUACAACAUCUACGGGACGGACAUGGUGCUGCUGUACAAGGGUCGUGCACUGGGAGAGAACCCUCCGUAAGUUGUCUUUGAGUACAUCCUGCCUUAUACUACAAAAUAUAAUAAACAAGUUAUAUAAGGUUCUGUCAUUGAUUGUGUUUCUCUGUGUUUCAGUGGGGAGAGCGGAUCAGGAAAAACAGAGGCCACCAAACUAGUCCUUCGCUACUUAGCAGCAAUCCACCACACAAGCAAUAUUUCACAGCAGAUUGAGAUACUUGAGGCAGCUCCCCUGCUGGAAUCUUUUGGAAAUGCCAAAACAGUUCGGAAUGACAAUUCCAGUCGCUUUGGGAAAUACAUAGAGGUCUAUCUGGAGGAUGGUGUGAUCAGUGGUGCCAUAACCUCUCAGUAUCUGCUGGAAAAGUCACGGAUUGUCUUCCAGGCCAAAGACGAGAGGAACUAUCACAUCUUCUACGAGAUGUUGGCGGGUCUUCCCGCACAGCAGAGGCAGGCUUUCUACCUGCAGGAAGCUGAGACCUACUAUUACCUCAACCAGGGAGGAGAUUGUGGGAUAACAGGGAAAAACGAUGCAGAGGAUUUCCUGCGUCUGCGUGCUGCCAUGGAGAUCCUUCACUUCACCCCUGAAGACCAGUCAGCCAUCUUUAGAGUUCUUUCUUCCAUACUACACCUGGGCAAUGUCUACUUUCAGAGAUAUGAGGCUGAUGGCCAGGAGGUGGCGUCAGUGGUGAGCGCUCAGGAGAUCAGGGUGGUGGCAGAGCUGCUGCAGAUCUCCCCAGAAGGACUGCAGAAAGCCAUCACCUACAAAGUCACAGAGACGAUGAGGGACAAAAUCUACACACCACUGACUGUGGAAAGUGCAGUUGAUGCCAGAGAUGCUGUUGCCAAGAUCCUUUAUUCGCUGCUCUUCCACUGGUUAACAGAGAGGAUCAACGCUCAGGUGUACCCCCGCCAACACACCGUCUCCAUCUCCAUCCUGGACAUUUAUGGAUUUGAGGAUCUGGCCUUCAACAGCUUUGAGCAGCUUUGCAUUAAUUAUGCCAACGAGUAUCUUCAGUUCUUCUUCAACAAGAUCGUUUUCAGGGAGGAACAGGAGGAGUACAGCAGGGAACAGAUCCCCUGGCAGGACAUCCCAUUCAGUGACAACCAGCCCUGCAUUGACCUCAUUGCUGCAAAGCCUCAUGGGAUACUGAGGAUUCUGGAUGAUCAGAGCUGUUUCCCACAGGCGACAGACCACACUUUCCUCCAAAAGUGUCACUAUCACCAUGGCAACAACCCCCUGUAUCAGAAGCCAAAGAUGCCCAUUCCAGAGUUCGCCAUCAAGCACUUUGCUGGCCGAGUAACCUACCAGGUUUACAAGUUCCUGGACAAGAACUAUGACCAAGUGCGCCAGGAUGUCCUGGACCUGUUUGUGCAGAGCAAGAACAAGAUGGUGUCAAAUCUCUUCCUGGUCCAAGCAGAGGUCAUAGGUCAGCAGAGAGGUGGUCACAUGAGAAAGAGCAGCACGGUCACAAGAAAAUACCAAGCGCCCACCGUCAGCAACAAGUUCCAACAGUCUCUGCUGGAGCUGGUGGAGAAGAUGGAGAGGUGCAACCCCUUUUUUGUGCGCUGUAUUAAGCCAAAUAACAUGAAGCUACCAGGAGUGUUUGAGGGCGAGCUGGUCAGCAACCAGCUGAGACACUCAGGGAUCCUAGAGACCAUCAGGAUCCGUAGGGAGGGAUACCCUGUCAGAAUGCCAUUCUACGUUUUCCUGUUCAGGUAUAAAUCCCUGGUGGGGUUACGAGAGCCUCCAGCGGCGAAUGGAGAGAACUGUGUGAUAAUGCUCAGUAAGCUGUGUCCUCUGAGACCAGGAGCCUUCCAUGUUGGAGUCACAAAGCUGUUUCUAAAGGAGGACAUCUACCAGUUGUUGGAGUGCAAACGUGAGCGCACCCGUCAACUCGCUGCCCUCACCCUGCAGCGGUACAUUCGCAUGUUCUUCGUCCGAAGACGCUUUACGGCCUUCCGCAACAGGAUCAUCCGUCUGCAGGCGCAGUGCCGAGGCUUCCUCGCAAGGAGGCGCUAUGUAAAAAUGAGGGAGAGUCUGGUUCGAUUCCGCUCUCUGGUCCACAUGUAUGUCAACCGCAGGCGAUACAUCAAGAUGAAGUUUGAGGCCCAGAGGAAAGCUGAAGAGGAGAGGAAGAGGAGAGAAAUGGUUGUGAACGUCACACACUUGGUGAUUCCCGCUGAGCUGGGAGCAUUACUGCAGACAGCAGGAGGUCUGAGGGAGUUACACUCAGACUGUUUGGCUCUGCUCCAAGCUCCUCACAUCCAAGAGGAGGCUCAGCUCACUCUGCCUCUGGACAUCAACAACUACCUUUUCUACCGCUACGUUCAGAUCCACUUCAGGGAGCCAAAGUUGGGAAUGUUGAUGGCACCUUUAGAAACGCCUCUGACCCGUGUAGAAGAGGACCUGAGGGGGGAAGCUCUGGAGCUCUUCAACAUGGUUUUGCGCUUCAUGGGGGACCCUCACCUGAACGGGGCACAGGAGAACAUGUUUGGGAAUUACAUCAUCCAAAGGGGCCUGUCGUCGCCAGGGUUACGGGACGAGAUCCUGUCUCAGGUGGUCAACCAGGUGUGGAGGAACAUGAACUCUGAAAAUGCUGAGAGAGGCUGGCUGCUGUUGCUGGCGUGCGUCUGCAGCUUCUCCCCGUCUCCCAAGAUGGACAAAUAUCUGCUGAAGUUUGUGUCGGACCACGCCCCUGCUGGUUGCCAGGCACUGCUGCAACAUAGACUCAUCCAAGCCAAUCAGAAGAUACAGCUCAGCUCAAGCGCCGCCCCAGAGUCUGCUCGGACCUACCCUCUGUCAUUGCUGGAGUGGACGGCCAAUAGAAAGAAGGCUAACAUGGUGUUGCAGGUGCACUGUUUUGAUGGCGGAUCAUUUCUGUGUCCUGUUCACUCCUGGACCAGUGGAGAGGAUUUAGCAGGCAACAUACUGCGCCACAGGGGAGUGUCGGACUGGUGGAGGGGUAGUUCAGUUCUGAUGAAGGAGCACGGCCAGUGGGUGGAGUUAGCUGGUCACGACUAUGUGAUGGACCUGAUCGCAGACUUGGAGCUUCCUCCUGACUUCCCAAAGCAGAAGAGCUACUUCAUCAUCAGCUCCGACGACCCUGCCAGAGUCCGAGCCAACGCCAGCCUUGCUCUGUUUGGCAGUGGCUUUGACUCUGAUGAGGAGCUUCCUCUCAGCAGCAGACCAUCAGAUGCAUUCAGUGACAGUCAGACUCAGCGAGGGAUGGACCGCUACCUGGACAGUCUGUUUGACCCUGUGUUGUCAGACAGCAGCAUAGACAUGGAAAAAACUGGAAGCCUGUCAGCGAGGAUGAAGGGAGGAGGAGGUGUAGGCAUUACAGGAGGAGGAGGAGAGGGCGGGAGUCAGACAACUCACAGCCGGCCUUAUCCACCUGGAAUACAUCCCGGAGGAACCGAGCAGACAGUUCUGACUCAACAGCAACAGGCCAUCAUCAACCAGCAAGCUAUCAUUCUGGCCCAGCAGAUGACCAUGCAGGCCAUUGCCAUCCAGCAGCAGAUGUUGUCCGCCUUCCCCCCUGUUGCUCCGGCCCCUCAGUCUCCACCCUCACAGUAUCAUCACACACACUCUCACACACCCAGCCCAACCAAAGACAGAGAGGAGUCGCCGUACAAGCCUGCUGCUGUUCAGAGAAAAAUAAGUCCGACACGAGGCCCCCGUCAGGAAGACGUGGUGCAAUCCAGUGCGAGUAACGCUGAGCGCAUUGAUCCCAGCCACGACAUCAAAGAUAUCAUCAAGCAGCACCACCCUGCCGGGCCUACCACUUCUAAUACUGGACCUGCUGCACAGAGGAAGGCUGAUGGAAAAAUGUUUGCAAAGAAGCCAGACCCGCAUGAUGAAGCAAUGGAAAUCCUUAAAGAUCAGAUGGCAAACCCACCUCUACCGACUCAAAGGAAGCCUCAAUCCUUCCAACGUAAAGAAGAGGGUGGACUGAAGGUUUCCAAGACGAUCAAGCCUCGCCCUCAGGGUCCAGCCAGUUCCAACAUAAACCCCGCUCUUCCUCCAGUGGCCAGAGAGUUGCCGGUGGAGGAGGAGAUCAUUCAGACUCAGCUCCACAGCCGGACCAGUGAUGAAUAUUACACGUACUCCAAUGUCCCCUGGAAACUGUACAUGAGGAAAGAGGUUUUCUAUCCAAAAGAGACCUUUAACAAUCCUCUGAUUCUGGACCUGAUCUUCAGACAGGUUGUACACGACACCUUCUCCGAGGCCUGCGUUCGCAUCACCCUGGAGGAGAGGCAGCAGAUGAAAGCUUUCUUUGCUGAAAACAAGGUGGAUCAGGUUUCAGGAACACACGAUGAGAAUGUGAAGAAGAAAGUCGCCGCCAUGGCCAGAGACUCAUGGGAGAUUUACUUCUCCCGCCUCUUCCCGGCAUCUGGCAGUGUAGGGACAGGGGUGCAGGUGCUGUCAGUGUCUCAUAAAGGCAUCAAGCUGCUGAAGAUGGUGAGAAGCAGCUCGGCCACCCCGGACUAUUUCAGAGUGCUGAGGCCUUACAGCUAUUCAGAUAUCCUCUUCGUGUCCAUCCCGUCUAAAAACAUGCUGGAGUUCAACCUGACCAACGAGAAGCUGAUCCUGUUCUCAGCCAAGGCCCCGCAGGUCAAACACAUGAUCGACCACUUCCUCACAGAGAUAAAGAAGGACUCUGAGUACAUGGUGGCGGUGAGGAACUACAUCACUGAGGACAGGAGUCAGCUCAGCUUCCAUAAAGGAGACAUCAUCAGACUGCAGCACAUGGACGGGCUGGAGGCCGGCAAACGUUACGGCUGCAUAGUGAGGAAGAAGGUCAUGCUACUGGAGGAGCUAAAGAAAGACACUCCAGAGUUUGGCUGGCGUUUUGGGGCUGUGUACGGAAAAUCAGGAGUUUUUCCUAGCGAGUAUGUGCACCCUGUGGCAGCUCCCGACUUCCUGAUCCUCCCCGCGGAGCGCGUGGAGCCUCGAGACAGACAGGGGCGAGUGGCUGCAUCGGCUGCUGUUGCCGUAGCGAUGGGCUCAGCAGUAGCUGCCCAUGAGCUGGACCUCUCCAUGGAGGUAGUAAAUGAGAUUUAUGGAGACAGCAUGAGCAGCGAACUGGACGAUCUGCCUCUCCAUAGCAGCCAGUACCACAUGGUGGAGUUUGCCAAGAAGUACUUCAGAGAGGCACAGAGGAACAGAAGUGAUCAGAAAGCCAAAAAGGGGAAGGAGGGCAGAGACCCUGCUGACAUGGUGAAAUUCUCCAAGUCUCCAAUCCAGGAGUCUCUUAUCGACUUCUCUGACAGCGGGAUGAACAGAGUCGCUGCUGACAUCUUCAUAGCUAUAAUGAAGUUCAUGGGAGACUUUGCACUGAAAGGUCAGACUGAACAGGACCUGGUAACCACUAUACUGAAGUUAAGUGGCGACCACGGCCUUAUAAAGGAUGAAGCGUACUGCCAGGUGAUGAAGCAAGUCACCUCCAACACCAGCUCCAAACCGGACAGUUGUCAGAGAGGAUGGAGGCUGUUGUACAUCCUGACGGCUUUCCAUCGCUGCUCAGACGUCAUGAAGUUGUUUCUGUUGAAGUUCCUGCAGGACGCCUGCGAGAGCCCCGGGAUGCAGUACCAAGGUAUUGCCAAGGCAUGUGAGCAGAAUCUGAGAAGGACUUUUCAAUACGGCGGACGCACGCAGCAUCCCAACAGCAUGGAGCUUAAAGCAAUGCUGGCUGGCCGGAGCUCUAAGAGACAACUAUUCCUGCUGCCAGGUGGAAUCGAAAGGCACCUGAAAAUCAAGACGUGCUCUGUUGCCUUGGAUGUAAUCGAGGAGCUUUGCUAUGAGAUGGGACUCCACAGGGUGGAGGCUUUAGAUGAAUACGCCGUCUUUCUGGUCACACACCGAGGUCAGAACGUGCGUCCCCUGAACAAGCGCGAGUACAUCCUGGACAUCGCUACAGAAGCGGAACCAGUGGAUGCCAACUACAGCCUGUGGUUCAGGAGAGUCAUCUGGAGUCUACCUCUCAAACUUGACAAUGAACUUUACGUCACCAUGCACUACAAUCAGGUGUUGCCAGACUACCUUAAGGCCUUGAUGAGUGUGGUCCCUCUGGGGAAGGCCAGUGAUCAGCACCUGCAGCAGAUCGCCAGACUGGCCGCCCUACAGCACCGUGCCAAAGACACAAUCUACCUGCCCACCCUCCGUGAGGUGCAGGAGUGUGUCCCCCCACCGUUCUAUGGCAAGCAGGGCUCGCAGCCGUGGCUGAAUAUGACAACUCAGCACAUGCAACAUGUCCAGCCCUUAAACCCAAACCAGGCCCGGGCACAGUUCCUUGGUCUGGUCAGUGCUUUCCCCAUGUUCGGCUCCUCCUUCUUCUACAUCCAGAGCUGCAGCUCAGCCUCCGUCCAGGCGCCGUGCAUCUUGGCUGUGAAUCUGAACGGCCUGCACUUUCUUAACAAGGAUACUCAUGAGGCCAUGGUGAGAUUCCCUUUAAAGGAGGUCCAGUCAACUCGCACCCAGAGACCAACUUCGGGCUCAAGUUAUCCGUAUGUGGAGAUCAUGUUAGGCGACCUGCUCAACCAACGCAUCACACAACUACAGCUGGAGCAGGGUCUGGAGCUGUGCCGAGUCAUUGCCAUGCACAUGGAGAACAUGUUGUCGGUCAGAGAAAAGAGACUCACUUUGCCACCAAGUGAAAUCACCCUUCUAUAGCACAAACAUGAACAUGCACACAGAGAGAGAUUAUAUUGUAUGCCUUAUAAAUGUACUGUAUCUACCUCUAUUUGAAAGUAGAAUAUUUUGAUAUGUAAAGGUUAUAUUUGUUUAAUAUUAUACUGAAUGGAUGGUGACGAUGUUGAACAGACUGCCGCUAUAAUUAUUUUCUCGAUGUUUAGUCAGUGAAAUAUCAGAAAAGGUUGAACAUUUGAAUCAUAUCCCCAAAGCCAAAUUUAAUAGGUUUAAAAGUUUAGGUUUAACAUUUAAAAUUAGAAGCCUCGGACAAGUCCCUGAUAAUCAAGGUUUGUACUGUUAUUGCAGAGAAACUUAUAAAGACAAAUACUCCCAUUUUUUUUUAAAAGUGGAAAGUCAUAUUUUAAAAAAAUGGUCCCCCUUACAUCCCAUAACUGUUUUUAGUUUGACCUUUUAAGCCAAAACUGUUUAAGACCCUAACUGCCAUGGCUGCUUCACAGAGAAGAGAUUAUAACUUCUCCACUUAAAAAGAAUGAAACGACCUGAUAAGCUUUUGUUUAAAUGUUGAUUUUCACAGUACAAUAGAAGAGACCCUGCUGUAGUCAGCUACAGAAAACGGAUUUAUGCAACACUGAGAGAAAAACUAUGAAGCUAAACAAUAGCCUUGUCCUCUUUGAGUAACCCACAUACAUCAUUCAUGAACUAAAUCCAUUUAUUAACAAAGCUGCAUUACCAUUUAAAUUUAAAACAAGAAAAAGCAACAGGUGAUAAAAUUAACUUUAAUCUUCAUCCCAUUAAAUCAAGGAAAGGAAACAGAUUAAAUGGAUUUAAAGGCCACAUGACUCUUUGCACUUACAUUUUUUUAACCAUGCAUAUAUACUUUUUGUAUUACAGCUGUUGUAUGUAAUAAUGCUUGUGAAAACAAUAAAGUUUGUACAAAUCACAA